CGCUGGUCACGUGACGGCGUUUGUUGUGUCCGCACCACACGGCCUCUGCGCCACAAUGUCAUAUUCCUCAUCUUCACCACUAUUAUAGUCCAGAUGACUGAUAUUUACCGACUGAAAUCGUUUAUUCACUGCUGACGGACUGAGAGAGACAUAAGUCGCCUAUGCGUGAGGUUGUGAAGAUCUGUUCUUAAAAAUGGCCGUGUGGCAACAGUUCGGACUGCUUCUCUGGAAGAACUACAUCCAUCAAAAGCGUCAGAUCCUGGUCACGGUGGUGGAGAUCGCUCUGCCUCUGCUCUUCUCAGCCAUCCUGAUCAUACUGCGUCAGAAGGUUUCCUCCACUACCUACCCUAAUGCAACACACUACCACAGCUUCUCCGUCAAUGGCCUGCCGGGCGAGGUCUGCUUCAAGGACCUGGCGUACGUGCCGGCCAAUGCCAGCGUGGUGCGUCAGAUCGCCGAGGACGUUAAGGAGAGCUUGAAGUGGCGCAUCAGUUCCGUCCGUGGCUUUGAAACGGAGGAACAGUUCGAGGCGUUUGUGAAGACAGACCCACAUUCAAGCGGCAUUUUGGCGGCGGUUGUGUUCGAGCACAAAUUCAGCCAUGAUGAUGAGCCUCUUCCCCUGCAGGUUGCCUAUCAUCUACGCUUCUCGUACAGCCCUCGAAACGCUCCGGCUCGUGAGAAAUCCGAGUUUAAUCCAAACAAUGACAUGGACUGGCACACCCUCCGCCUCUUCCCUCUUUUCCAGCUUCCGGGGCCCAGGGAACAGCACGACGCUCCCGGGGGUACCCCAGGUUAUUUCCGUGAGGGCUUCCUGCACGUGCAGCAUGCGGUGGACAGAGCCAUCAUGAAGUCCUAUAACAGCACAGCAGCCUCGGCCCUCCUCAGUCAAACUCAUGUGCGGCUCUCCCGCUUCCCCUACCCGCCGUUCAUCUACGACGUCUUCAUCCUGGCCAUACAGAACCAGCUGCCCCUGCUCCUCGUGUUGAGCUUCACGUACACGUCUCUGAACAUCGUCCGCGCCGUGGUGCAGGAGAAAGAGAGGAAACUCAAGGAGUACAUGCGCAUGAUGGGUCUCAGUAACUGGCUGCAUUGGAGUGCAUGGUUCCUCAUGUUCUUCCUCUUCCUGUCCAUCUCCAUCUUCUUCAUCACUCUGCUCUGCUGUAUCAAGGUGAGUCCUAACGGAGCAGUGUUGACGUAUAGUGACCCGACGCUGGUGUUCGUCUUUCUGCUGGUGUUUGCUGUGUCCACCAUCAACUUCAGCUUCAUGGUCAGCGUGUUCUUCUCCAGAGCGAACGUUGCCGCAGCAGCGGGCGGCUUCAUCUACUUCCUCAGCUACCUGCCGUAUCUCUUCCUGUGGCCCCGCUAUGACCUCCUGUCACACGCCCAGAAAGUCUCCGCCUGCCUCAUCUCCAAUGUGGCCAUGGCCAUGGGUACCCAGCUUAUCGGCAUGUUCGAGGGCAAAGGGACGGGCAUCCAGUGGUCUAACAUGUUUGAGUCGGUAACAGUGGACGAUGACUUUUCUCUGGCUCAGGUGCUCGGACUGCUUCUGCUGGACGCCGUGAUGUACGGCCUGGUAGCCUGGUACGUGGAAGCGGUAUUCCCCGGAGAGUACGGAGUCCCUCUGCCGUGGUAUUUCUUCAUUCUGUCGUCGUACUGGUGCAGUAGUCCUCGCGUGGCCUUUCUGAAAGAGAAAGAGGAGGAGGAAGAUGCCGAGAAGGCUCUGAAGGGCGAGUUUAUCGAGGAAGUGCCAGCUGGACUGGUGUCAGGGGUCAAAAUCAAACAUUUGACAAAGGUGUUCAGAAUGGGCAAGAAGGACAAAGAGGCAGUGAGAGAUCUAACACUCAACAUGUAUGAAGGUCAGAUCACAGUCCUGCUGGGUCACAACGGAGCUGGAAAGACCACCACACUGUCUAUGCUGACAGGUCUGUUCCCGCCCAGCAGCGGCCGUGCAUACAUUAACGGUUAUGAUAUAUGUCAGGACAUGACUCUGAUCCGUCGCAGUCUGGGUUUGUGUCCUCAGCACGACGUGCUCUUCGACAAUCUCACCGUCCGAGAACAUCUGCUGUUUUACACACAGCUGAAGGGUUUCCCUCGCCAAAAGAUCCCAGAUGAGGUUGAGCGCAUCAUCCGUAUUCUUAACCUGGAAGACAAGCGGGACGCCAGGUCCAAGACCCUCUCGGGAGGAAUGAAGAGAAAGCUUUCCAUCGGCAUCGCUCUCAUCGGAGACUCUAAGGUAGUGAUGCUGGACGAGCCCACCUCGGGUAUGGACCCUUCCGCCCGACGGGCCACCUGGGACCUGCUUCAGGGCGAGAAGCGCGGCCGUACCAUCCUGCUCACCACGCAUUUCAUGGACGAAGCCGAUCUGCUCGGAGACCGGAUCGCCAUCAUGGCCGGCGGAGAACUGCAGUGCUGCGGCUCGCCACUCUUUCUUAAAAACAAAUACGGUGCGGGUUAUCACAUGGUGAUCGUCAAAGACGCAUUUUGUAACGUGUCGGAGAUCACACAUCUGGUCCACAUGUAUGUGCCCAACGCCACUCUAGAGAGCUGUGCCGGAGCUGAGCUGUCCUACAUACUGCCUAAAGAGAGCACCAGCCGGUUUGAGCUGCUGUUUGCCGAGCUGGAGAUGAAUCGAGAGGAGUUGGGCAUCGCCAGCUAUGGAGCGUCGGUCACCACCAUGGAGGAAGUUUUUCUGAGGGUCGGCAAGCUCGUGGACUCCAGUUUGGACAUUCAGGCCAUUCAGCUUCCUGCUCUUCAGUAUCAGCAUGAGCGCAGGUCACAUGACUGGACGACGGAUGACUCCAGCAGUGCUAGCGGUAUGACCGACGUGACGGAUUUCACAGACAGCGGCACUUUAAUUUCAGAAGACGGCUCCAACAUCAAACUCAACACAGGGGCCCGACUCUACCUGCAGCAGUUCUACGCAAUGUUCCUGAAGAGGGCGCUGUACAGCUGGAGGAACUGGAAAGUGAUUGUGGCUCAGUUUUUGGUGCCGCUCAUUUUCAUCGUGUUGGCGCUGGUGGUGGCCCGCACUCUUCCCGGCGGCCACAGCACCCCUCAGCUCCGCCUGUCACUGUCACAGUACGGCCCUACACACGUGCCCGUGGCUCUCGAAGCAGAUGCCGGCCCGCUGGCCGAAGCCCUGGCUGAGGUCUACACCACACAGCUGGCGUCCCAGAACGCCAUAGCCGCCACUAAUAUAACAGAUCUGUCAGAUUAUGUGCUGUAUAAUGCUGUGAGAGAGGGCGGCGCUUUUAACGAACGCUGUGUGGUGGGUGCUGCUCUCUGCAAAUCCAGGAGUCACACCGAGAUGAUCGGAUACUUCAACAAUCAGGGCUAUCACACCCCCGCCACGGCCCUCAUGCUGGUGGACAACGCUCUUUACAAACUGCUGGCUGGACCCAACGCCUCCAUCCAGACCGGAAAUUUCCCCAUGCCCCGUAACAUGUCCGAAAUCGCCCAGAGCCAGCUUUCAGAGGGUCAGACAGGUUUCGCCAUCGCUAUAAACCUCAUGUACGGUAUGGCGUCUUUAGCCAGCACCUUCGCUCUGCUCCUGGUGUCGGAGCGCUCUGUGAAGUCCAAGCACGUGCAGCGGGUCAGCGGGGUCUACCUCUCUAACUUCUGGUUCUCUGCUCUGCUCUGGGAUCUCAUCAACUUCCUGUUGCCCUGUCUGCUCAUGCUGGUUGUGUUCCGAGCGUUUUCCGUUGAAGCGUUUGUGGCAGAGAACCACCUGGUGGAUGUUCUGCUGUUGUUGCUGUUGUAUGGAUGGGCCGUGAUCCCACUCAUGUAUCUGCUCAGCUUUCUGUUCUCCUCGGCCGCCACCGCUUACACGCGCCUCACCAUCUUCAACAUCAUCAGCGGCACGGCCACGUUCCUCGCCGUCAUCAUCAUGACCAUACCCGAGCUUCAUCUGCAAGACCUCUCUCACAUCCUGGAUAAAGUCUUCCUGCUCUUCCCAAACUACUGCCUGGGAAUGUCCUUCUGCCAGUUCUACCAGAACUACGAGUUCAUCACCUUCUGCACCUCCAGCGCGAUGGCGGAGUACGUCUGCAAGUAUUACAACGUUACAUUUCAAGUGAACUACUUCUCCAUGGAGGAGCCCGGCGUGGGACGCUUCCUGGUGGCCAUGUCGCUGCAGGGCGUGGUCUUCAUCGGCCUGCUCCUCCUCAUGGAGCUCCAGUGCAUCCACACCCUCAUGAACCUCUGCAGGGGACGCAAGAAGUUCAUGCUGGUGGCAGAAGAGGCUCUUCAGUCUGAGGACAGAGACGUGGCUGAGGAGAGGAAGAGAGUUUUGGAGUGUCAGCCGGUGGUCGAGUCCAUGGUGGGCAGCCCGCUCAUCCUGCAGGAGCUCAGAAAGGUGUACUCAGGUGGGCCGUCGCUGUUGGCAGUGGACCGCUUAUCCUUGGCCGUCGGGAAGGGCGAGUGUUUCGGUUUGCUGGGGUUUAACGGUGCGGGGAAGACCACGACGUUCAAAAUGCUGACCGGAGAUGAAAGCAUCACAUCAGGAGAUGCCUUCAUCGAUGGUUACAGCAUCCUCCGAGACGUGAAAAAGGUUCAACAGAGGAUCGGCUACUGCCCUCAGUUUGACGCGGUGUUGGAUCACAUGACGGGACGGGAGACCCUAAGCAUGUACGCCAGACUGAGGGGCAUUCCGGAGAAGUACGUGUCCGCCUGCAUCGAAAACGUCCUGCGCUCGCUGCUGCUCGAACCUCACGCUGACAAACUCGUCCGCAGCUACAGCGGUGGUAAUAAGAGGAAGUUGAGCGCAGGCAUCGCUCUGAUCGGAGGGCCCCCUGUGAUCUUUCUGGACGAGCCGUCGACAGGCAUGGACCCCGUGGCCAGACGCCUGCUGUGGGACGCGAUAACACGCACCCGUGAGUCGGGAAAAGCCAUCAUUAUAACCUCACACAGUAUGGAGGAAUGCGAGGCGUUGUGUACGCGGCUGGCCGUCAUGGUGAACGGGCAGUUCAAGUGUCUGGGCAGCCCGCAGCAUCUGAAGAGUAAAUUUGGAAGCGGUUACACACUGUUGGCAAAGGUUCACACGGAGGGAGAUUUAGGAGAAAUGGAUCUUCAGCUCUUUAAAGACUUUGUUCAAAACACCUUUCCAGGAAGUUUACUGAAGGACGAACAUCAGGGAAUGGUUCACUACCACUUAACCGAUAAAACCCUCACCUGGGCACAGGUGUUUGGGGUUCUGGAAACAGCCAAAGAGAAGUAUCGUAUCGAGGAUUACUGCGUCAGUCAGAUCUCUCUGGAGCAGGUGUUUCUCAGCUUCGCUCAGUUUCAGCAUUACUCUGACGACCGCUGGAAAUGACACGCUCAUCUUCACCUGUUGAAUAGGAGGGACUGACUCUCGGUGGAGUCACACCACAGGACGACGCUCAGGUCUUCUCGCACACACUCAUAUACAACCCGAUCAGAUUUAACACUCCCAGACGGGACCAAUAACAUCAGAUCUCGGCCAGCAGCUGUAUUCUGGGUUUGUUUGAACACCGUCAGAAAUGGUGCAUCUCACGUCCUCUCCUUGAAUUUUAACGGGUUGGGUCCAUCCUCGAUCCUCGGCCCGAACGGAAAGGACGUGUUUUCGUUGUGACAAAAUGUCUUUGGAGCGCACUCGUGUACGAUUGUUGUGUUAUUUAUGAAUGUCUUCAUUUGGUUUGUUGUUCUCCAUUUGCUGUUGACUGUGGUCUUGAUGGUACGUGCGCUUGGCUCUUUCAAAAUAAACUCAAACGCUGAAAGGGUGGAAGACUAUCUUAAUAUGGGACGUCCGGAUCGAGAAUGAGAAAUCAAAUUCGCAGAAAUGCUGCAUCUUCGGGCUUUGCAAUGUUAAAGAACGUUACAUUGACGUAGAAACCUAUUGAAUAGAAAGUUUUAUAGAUGAGCUUUAGUUAAUUUAUAGACUUUAUACAAUAGCUUUGAUCGGUCAUUUGGCAGGUAUCAAUUUCUUUCAAAAGUCCCCUUUUAUCGUGUUUAACAAGACACUCCAAAGAAACAUUUCUUUAUAUUUCAGUGAAAAUAUAGAAAGGCUUUCAAAUAAUAACGUUUUCCAUUUUCCUAAGACGUUGUAACACUUCUCCCACCAUUUCUAACUGUGAUUUGUGUUUUUUUAUAAACGUGUAUAUAUGUAUAGGAAUGCCUAAUGCUUCCACCCAGAUUUGACUGUUUUUUGAAAUGUUAUUCCACGGUUGACCACUAGGGGGAACCCGGAGUUCACAUAUUUUGUGUUUUCAUUCAACCAAAUGUCUCUUUUGAAAUACAAAAUGACCACUCCUGUGUGCGACAAGAACCUGUCGUGAAGCAAAAACCACUAGAUUUACAUAUGUUUUAUUAACGCAUGCUUUUUGUUGCUGUCGACGCUGACACAGUCGCUCUGGGUGUGAACUCAUGUCUUUCAAAUCUGAUAUUCACUUGCACUACUAGUGUGGACCAAUUCAUUCGCCCUCAGAAAGAUCCAUCAAAAAGAUGUGAAGAAUUGCAAAGCAAGGGGUUAACGUAAUAUAAUUUCCUAACGAUAGGCCACAUUCCUGAAACAUGAGCGGCGUGAAUUUAAUGCGAUAAUUGGCUUUAGAAAUGAAGCUCAAAUAACAGCGAGGGACUUGAACUUCUUUGCGAAUUCACAACAAAACAUGUUCAAAUGUUCUGACACCGUCCUUUAUUUGUUCCGAGAUGAAACGCUGCUACGCUCAUUUAUUACGUGCAUUGAACUGUUUUUACAUGUUUUCGUCCAACGUGGCCUUGCCGUUACAAUGAUCUACUGUAAAGUGAUGUGGCUACAUCUACAACAAGAAAACGAAUCGAAUACAUGUGUACAAUGCAGAUUGUGUCUAUGCAUCUUCCCGUCCAGAUUCACUUUCGUUGAAUGUAUUUUCCUAUAGCAGACGGGAAACCCGGGCUUAUUCGUCACCGUAACGCUGACUUUCGGCGAAACUGGCGCAAUGUAGAUACAAAAGAGCUUCAGAGGUGACGUGACCACGGAUUGUUGAUUUUCUAUGAUUUUUUCAUGAAUUGGUCCGUUUGUAACAGGUUUUGCACUUUGCUCUGGCUGUUGUGUCUGAACUGCUUGUUAUGAAACUGAAAUAUUGCAUUUUGAAGUGAGAUAGAGAGGAGGAACUUGAAAAUGUUAAUUAUGACAAUGUUGAUUUAAAAUGGUAAUAUAUACCAUAACUUAAAAAGGGAAUUGUAACCCUGUGUACUGUAUCACUAAAUUAACUAUGUGUAAAAUGUAAGUAUUGACAUUUCUUUUUUAUUAAAUCUGCCUUAUGCAAAG